AUGAGCAAUGAUGAGAAGUGAAAGAGUGAUUGAAAGAAACCAACGUGUGAAUCUCCACCGGUGCUUUGUGUGUUUGUCGUCGGGGGACAUUCGGACGUGCAGACGCGGAUCCGACAGAAAACAGAGCCGGUCUUGUUUUGUGCCCUGAAUCCAGGACUCAGGCUCCAGAAGCCUCCCUCCAUCAGUGAAGUGCUACCUCCAACCCUGCUAAGAUGGCUCCGACCUUGGCGACAGCUUUCUCCCGCCGCUGGUGGAUGGCGGUGACGGCCGUGAUAGAGAACCUGCUUUUCUCUGCUGUGCUGCUGGGCUGGGGAUCCCUGCUCAUCAUGCUCAAGUCUGAAGGCUUCUACUCGUACCUGUGCAAAGGACCAGACAACAGCUCCAGCCUCAACAUCUCCAAUACGUCCACAUUAGAAGAACCAGCCGAGGAGUACCUGGAGCAGAACGGCUGGCCCAUCUGCAACGACCAGGACGAGAUGCUGAACCUGGCCUUCACUGUGGGCUCCUUCCUGCUGUCGGCCAUCACACUGCCCUUGGGCAUCGUCAUGGACAAAUACGGUCCGCGGAAGCUCCGACUUCUGGGCAGUGCCUGCUUUGCUUUCUCCUGCCUCCUCAUCGCCUACGGUGCCAGUGACCCCAACAAUCUGUCCAUGCUGAUCUUCUUUGCUCUGGCGAUGAACGGGUUCGGAGGAAUGUGCAUGACCUUUACUUCUCUGACACUCCCUAACAUGUUUGGAGACCUGAGGUCGACCUUUAUUGCCCUGAUGAUCGGCUCCUACGCCUCCUCAGCUGUGACUUUCCCCGGCAUCAAGGUGAUCUAUGACCUGGGUGCCACCUUCAUCGUCAUCCUGCUGGUUUGGGCCGCCUGCGCCUGCCUCGUCUUCUUCAACUGCUUCGUCAACUGGCCUCUGGAGCCCUUCCCCGGCCCCGAGGACAUGGACUUCACAGUGAAGAUCAAGUUCAGCUGGCUCGGCUUCGACCACAAGAUCACAGGGAAGCAGUUUUACCGGCAGGUGACCACCGUGGGGCGCCGCCUCAGCGUUGGUAACUCUAUGAAGCGUGAACACCAGCCGCCUAAAGACCUGGCGACGCAGGAGGCCAACAAGCUGUGCCUUUCCACCGUCGACCUGGAGGUGAAGAGCAAAGACAAGGAAGAGACUCAGUCCUUCAUGAAGAGCGUCCUCAGCCCCAUCUUCAUGCUGAGCCUCAUCACUAUGUGUGUGACCCAGCUGCGCCUCAUCUUCUACAUGGGAGCCAUGAACACCAUCCUGGAGUCCCUGACGGAGGGUAACCUCGAGACAGUGGAGAAGAUGGAAGUGGUGAGCGUCUACACGUCCAUCUUCGGCGUGCUCCAGCUGCUGUGUCUGGUCACCUCUCCUGUGAUUGGCUACGUCAUGGACUGGAAGCUCAAAGACUGCGAGGAUGAGAACGACAAGAUUACCAAGAGGGAGCCUGGAGAGCCCAGACGCCCCGACAAACUGAUCCAAAAGAUCGUCAACGCCACCAGAGCCUUCAUCUUCACUAACCUGCUUCUGGUUGGAUUUGGAGUUGUAUGCCUCGUUCCUAACCUGCCCCUCCAGAUCCUGUCCUUCAUCCUGCACACUAUCGUCAGAGGCUUCAUCCACUCUGCAGUCGGAGGCCUCUAUGCUGCUGUGUACCCAUCCUCUCAGUUCGGCAGCCUGACAGGCAUGCAGUCUCUGAUCAGCGCUCUGUUCGCCCUGCUGCAGCAGCCUCUCUUCAUGGCCAUGGUGGGACCCCUGGAGAAAGACCCUCUAUGGGUGAACGUGGGCCUCUUGGCGCUGAGCAUGCUGGGAUUCUGCCUGCCCUUCUACCUGCUGUGCCACAGCCGCCACCUCCAGCGCCUGCGAGACGAGCGCGACGAGGACCCAAAGAUCUAUGUCAAGAUGACCAGCGACAGCAAGCCAGAGGCCUUCGUCUAAACAGGAAAGGAGAAGACGAUCUUUAAAAAAAAAAACACAGAGGACGAGCUACGGUGAAAAGAGAGACGGACACAGAAGAGAAGAAAAAAGAAGAGGUCCUUCUCUCUGUCGCUGAAUCCAGACUACUCACUACCUACCUUUCUCAAAAAUCACACUCACUCACCUCAUUUAACUGCCAAUUAUGUGUGGUCUGACAUGACUGCACACACCACUGUGACAAACAGCUUCACCCCCUCUGAUACACUGUGAGAAAACACACACACACACACACACACUAUGGAGAGGUCCCACUCCCUCUGUAAGCGGAGGAGAAACAUGGACUCAUGGAGGGAAAGAAGCAAUGAUGAACUUUAAAAAAAAACCUUGCUGAAAGUCUCCUCUUCACGUCCUCUCUUUACUUUUUUUUGUGUUUAUGUUUCUGCUGUCACAUUUGCCUCUGACUUUAUGUAAAAAAACAAAACAAAAAAACAAAGAUGUCAGCCAAUGAGGAGCCACAGUUUGGAGAAUUUGGA